UGACAUUGCUUUUCAGUGAGCUUAUAUUUACAAUAGAAUCAAAACAACAUGCGUUUCACGUAGUUGUUUAUUAUUCGCAUCCAGAUACACUUGUGUUUUCAUAUCUAUUUGGUUAUUAUAAUGUCUCAUAUCCAAAGAAUUAAAGAUCAGCUAAAAUUAAGAUAUAAACGCGAGGCAGCAGCAAAAGCAGUUUUAAAUGGAGAAAAGAAUCUGCGAGACGCUGCAAAAUGCUAUGGAAUUGAUAAAAGAAUUUUAAAACGUAAAAUAAUGCUCGUAAGAAAAAUGGGAUUAUAUUAUGAAUUAAAAACUAAAUAUGAAUCAGCAGUGAAGGAAUAUUUAAGUGAAGAAUCCACUCUAGAAGCCGCUGUAAAAUAUUAUAAAAUUAGUGAAAAAGUUCUGAUGAGAGAAAUUAGUCUCUUUUUGGAGCACAACAGCGCAGAGAAUGCUGCACAGUACGUAUACGAGAGACCUAUUGAACGUGCAGCAAUUUUUACAAUUAGUGAAGAAAUUUCCUUAUUGAAAGAUUUAUCGGACUGGAAAGAGAUUGCUCAACCAUAUUGCUUUUGCCAAUUGUGCGCGAUGGUACAAUUGUUGAGUUUAGCAAAUCAAUACGUUAAAAGCAGAGAGAGAAUAUAUCCAAGAAGAUGGCAUCAAAGUGAAAUACUAGAAUGGCUUCUCAAAUUCGAAAUGAGAUCAAGCACUUACAUUUCAACAAACUUUCGACCUUAUUGUAUAAAAAUACCAACUGAAACUGAACGGAUGGCGGUACAUGAUCGCGAUAAACAGGCAAACAAUUUUGCAGAUAAGUCUACGCAAACAGAUCUGGAGAUUGUUGAGAAGCCUAUGGAUCUAAGGAUCAAAGAAAAACAUUAAGAGAGAGAAAUCGAGACGGUAUCUCCAAAAGCUACAAGAUUUUGUUUAAGUUUGAUGGUUUUUAUCAAUAAUUUUGACUAAUAAAAGAAGAACGUUUAAAGAAAUUUGAAAGUCAAAACAAUCGAAGAAGAAAUUCAGAUUUAGAAUAAUACUAUUAAUAUUCUUGAUAAAAGUUAAAUAAAAUUGACUUAGUGUGUGGAUUAUUAUUAAUAAUUAUUAUUGACAAAUGUAUAUAUAAGAUUUGAACGAGUAUAGA